UUGAACGAUUUUUAUUUUUCUGAUUUUCUCUGUUCGGCAGUAGUUGAUUCGAUUUAGAUGCCACAGGCCACUCAUGAUUAUGGCUGUUGAUAUUUAAUCAACUCUCAAAAUCUCAAAGUCUCUGAAACUUUCUCUCUUGUAGAAUGUGUCUAGAAACAGAGAGAAGUGUCCCAGAGUUUUGGUUUGGAUGGUGCUACUUGGUGGUGAUGAGUCUGGCGGCCCUUGCUAACAUCGUCCUCAUCACCUUCUUCUGUGUCAAGAGGAAGUAUCACCGCUCUUACAAUAUUGCUUAUCUUAAUCUCGCUUUCACUGACGCCAUGGCAGCUCUCUUCGGAGCUACUUUCCGAGGACCAGGUUACAUACUCGGUAUCAGAUCAGAACUCUCUUGCAACUCCAGUAUCUAUCUAAGUCUCCUUAUAUUCCACGCCAACCUGGCCUCCGUACUACCAAUAACCAUUGAUAGGUUCACUGCCGUAGUUUAUCCUCUCAUGUACAAAAGUUCAGAGUACCGCAAGACAAUCUUCAUCAGCAUUACACUGGUUUGGCUACUUUCAGUAUCCUUCAUUGUCUCCCUGGUUGUAGUCUCCCACUCUAAACACUUUGAUCUCAUUGUGUACAACACAGCAACAUGCUUCUGUGGGUUCGGAAUGUGGCAACAUCUUGAUGUUGCAUUCUACAUCAGAGACACUCUCUUCAUGUACAUGCCCUUACUAAUCAACCUCUCUCUUUACAUAAUCGUUAUAAAACAGCUGAGGAGUUCCAAGAAACGGUUCAGGUCCAUGCAUGGGUACGUGAUCCUGCUUAGAUUCGCUAUAAUCUGUGUUCUCUUCACAAUAUCCUGGCUACCUCACGUUGUAAGGACCUUCUUGUCCCUCUCAAUGGAUAUAAACCACACAGUAGCGUUAGCUAGCCAGCUGUUCCUUUACAUGAACUGUGUUACUGACCCCCUCAUGUACACAUUACCUAACAAGGUCCUGUUAGCUUGCUUCAAGAACAAGAACAACUUUAUCAACGAGAAGAAGACAUUUGUUUCAGUUGAACGAAGGAAAAGCUCUGCUCAGGAAAUAACAAGGGCAGCACGACAAAUCUCGAUGGAGAGCAAAACUUUCUCAAUAACAGGGGACAGUGUAUUCUGUAAUAGUUCAGCGGUGUAAACGGAAAGCUCUAGGGACAGGUUGUGAGGUUUAGGACCAUUUAAUCCUUAUACUGAGCACCAGCCGAUAUUGAAGAUAAAUUGAAUUUAUUGCAUUUGUAGACAACAUUUCAACUACCCCAACUAAUUUUAUUAAAUUGGAGGCUGUUACAUAUUUGAAUAUUUAAGUUAGACUACUAUUUGAUGUACAGUUUUACUGUUAUGAUGAAAGCUUUUAAG